CAAUGUUCAAACGAACCCAAAAAAUUUGUUGACCUGAUUUGUGAGGUCAACACAAACGGUACCCUUUUGAAAGCCCUCUGAGCCGUCGUGGUUAGUCAUGUCUCUACCAAAGUACUUACAACCGGAACAAGAGGCCAGGUUGAAAACUAUCGCGAACCAAAUUGUUCAACCUGGUAAAGGCAUUUUGGCUGCAGAUGAAAGCACAGGAACUAUCGGUAAUCGUUUCAAAAAGAUCGGGGUGGAGAACCAUGAGGAAAAUCGAAGGCAUUAUCGUCAACUGUUAUUUACAACCGAUCCGUGCUUGGCAAACAACAUUUCCGGCGUGAUCCUCUUCCACGAGACAUUCUACCAGGUUGCUGAUGAUGGCGUGCGUCUGGUAGAUCACUUGAAGCGCAAAGGCAUUCUGCCGGGUAUCAAGUUGGACAAGGGCGUUGUCCCAUUGGCUGGAACGCUGAAUGAAUGUACAACUCAAGGCUUGGAUGGGUUAGCUGAGCGAUGCGCACAGUACCGAAAGGAUGGAGCAGAGUUUGCCAAAUGGCGUUGUGUGCUAAAGAUCACAUCGCACACACCUUCAUACCUGGCCAUGAUGGAAAACGCCAAUGUUCUGGCUCGUUACGCAUCCAUUUGCCAACAGAAUGGCUUGGUUCCUAUUGUUGAACCCGAAGUUCUUCCGGAUGGUGAUCAUGACUUGGCUACUGCGCAAAAAGUGACAGAACAUGUUUUGUCUUUCACGUAUAAGGCGUUGAUGGACCAUCACGUGUAUUUGGAGGGAACGCUGCUCAAACCGAAUAUGGUCACUGCUGGACAAAGUUGCACACAACGCUACACUCCGGAGGAGAUUGGGCUAGCUACAGUAACGGCCCUCCAACGAACUGUGCCGGUUUCUGUGCCAGGUAUUACAUUUCUGUCGGGCGGACAGUCUGAAGAAGAGGCCGCAAUAAAUUUGAGCGCAAUUAACUGCGUCGAAGGCCACAAGCCGUGGAGACUGACCUUCAGCUACGGCCGCGCAUUGCAAGCUUCAGUUCUGGCCGCGUGGCAAGGCAAACCGGAGAAUGUGCACAAGGGACAAGAAGAGUUGCUGAAGCGAGCAAAGGUAUGCGGAUUGGCUUCACUGGGCAAGUACAAAGGGGGACAAACUGGCGCAGCUGGUGAUCAGACCUUGUUCGUCCCAAGCCAUGCCUACUAAGUAUAGUUUCACUCACUGCCUCGUUUGAUCCAUCUUUUUUUCAUAAUUAUGCUGGACACGAAUCUAUCAGGCUUUUGCGAACUCAUUCACUUUUUUCAACUGAAUGAAACUCUCCAAUUAACGUGACUGCUAUACUCAACUAUGUGCAAAAUGUGUGCUGUUGUGGCAUACGCUGGGAUGACGAGUUAUCUGAACAAAAACUCAACUGUGAGGACAGUUGCUUUAUUCCAUAAUCAAGAAUAAUUUUUCAGUGGGACUGGACGAUCGAUAGAGAGCUCAAUUCAGAGCCUCAGAGAAAAGCACAGAAAAGGCAGUCAGUUACACUAGUGGUUGUAGUUUCCGUAUAGACGAACCAAGGUGGAAGUUGAUCAUCAGUAUGGUACACAGGUAGAUAUGGAACCAUUUUGUCCUCAAUGUCCUUCGUUCAAAAGCAGCUAUCAGUCCCGGCACUUACAAAGAAAGGUUCCAAAUUUCUUCAAGACAGAUCAACGGGAAUAU